ACUAAUCCCCCACCCCCCCUCCGCCUCCCUCUCGACAAAAAACUUAAUUCUCUAAUAUAUACUAACAUUCUUAUACGGUAAACUUGUAAUUAUCUUACAUAACUAUCUUACUGGUUUCUGUACAUCAUUUACCUAACUGCAAGUCACCAUGUCAGUGUGUUAACGAGGAGUGGUGAGGAGCGCGAAGUCGGCUGAGGCGGGGCCGAGCUGGCCAAGCACGCACCUCAGCACGGACGCUCAUGGCGGAUUGUUGUUCAGGGAUUACAAGUCACGUCUGACCCCGUGACGCCGUAUUCGCCACAAUUCGGUGCGCGCUAUAAGGGUGAGGGUUCGCAUCACCUCUGCCAACACUUACAUGUUACUAUUACAUCGACUGAAUAGCCAGAAGGGAGUAAAUUCUGAGUGGAUUAACAUUUCUCAGAAAAUCAAUUAAAAGGGUGAAUUCAGUCCAUUUUUGUAUUACUGAGUUAUCAAUUCACACCGAAAAUCAAUACAUAUCCCUAUACAGUAUUAUCAAGCCAUGAUAUCUAGUGUCAGGAAUGAUAGGAUAUCCUUAAUUAACUCUGGGGGCGUUUUGAGUCCCUUACUUUGCACAGCAUUCCCCGGGUGGAGAGUUCGACAAAUUGGUGAUUAACACCUUUUCGAUACUGUAUAGUGGACGGAACUUGAACACAUGUCCUCAAAAGGAGAUGAGGGCGCUGAGCAAAGUGCGAUACAAAAAUUUGGGGUCGAGCGGUUAGCACAUGGGUGUUGAUAACGGGCCUGACUAUACCUUCAACCACCGUUUUUCAACCACCGUUGAAUGGGUAAAGAUCAAACAUAUAGUCUAUCAGCUCUCUAUCAACAAACUUCGAUUGUAAUGCUAGUCUGCAGAAGAACUGGAGGCCAGCACAAGGCACAAGAGCAAGGAAGGCGUCAUAAAAAGAAAGUUUGGUGCUGCCCAAUGCUGCCCUGUGAUUAAAUCCAUUGGUGUUAUGAGUUACACACACACACACACACACAAGAAAAAAAAAAUGUGUACUCAGUACUGCCCAGCCUGUUUCUUUAUCAGCUGAACGGCUGUUUGCAGUUAUGAUCCAGAUUUUAUCAUCGGUUUCAUAUUUUUAUUACCAGAUUUUUACAGAAAGAAGCAUUCAUUAGUAAAUAAUUCGCUUGGUAUGAUACGCUUAUGCACCCGAAGUUGACGAGAAAAUGUCGGACUUCGUGGUGAAUAAUGCCACUUAUGAUAUUUUACGCUGCUUUCAGAUAACGGAAAUGCUUCAUUAGGCACAAAGCAUGCGAAAAAUUGCUGUGUUAUUUUGUUUUGUAGGUCUACAGGCUCCUCUUUUCGUGGGGGGCGCCAAACGUUCGCGUAAAUUCACUAUUCGUGGGAGUCUGUCUUCGCGACAUGUUUUUUUUUUUUUUUUUUUUUUUUUUACGUCUUGGCCUAUUGCGCCGGUAGGCUUCUUUCCGGUGGAUCCUGAUGGUCGGUCCAAGGCUUCUUCCCGGUGGGUCCUGAUGGUCGGCCCAGCCCGUUCUGGCGCAGGCGAGUGUUUAUAGUGGCUCCAUCUUGCAAUCUAGAGUCCGGGUUGAUAUGUGGUCUUCUGGACAGCAUGUGGGUAGUUUUAAGCCACUCGGCGGCGGCUGAAAAAUCCCAGCUUGGCGGCACCGGUCGGGGAUUGAACUCGCGUCCUCCUGAACGCGGGGCCGUCUUGCUAUCUGUUCAGCCACAGCCUACCCUGAUUCAGCCACCGCCAUCCUACAUUUCAAAACCAGACCAAUGUCCAUCCCAGGUUCGAACAGGAUCUGCCUGACCCCAGAGUGUGUCAUGGUGUCUGGGGCUGUGCUCAGUAACAUGAAUCACUCUGUUGAACCAUGUGAUAACUUUUACCAGUAUGCCUGUGGUGGCUGGGUGGCCAAGAACCCAAUUCCUGAGGGCAAGCCCAUGUGGGGGACCCUUAAUAAGCUGGCAGCAGACAACAAUAUAAUUCUGCGAAGGGCUUUAGAGUCUAAUUCAACUUUGGAAAGUAAAGCAGAGGAGAAGGCUCGAAUAUUCUACAAAUCCUGUAUUGAUGUCAACAAAACAAUAGAAACGCUUGGAGCAAAACCAGUUAAAUCAAUUAUCGAGAAUAUGGGUGGAUGGUCCAUCACUAAGAACUGGUCUACUGCCAACUACAACUUGACAAAGGAUGUGAUUGCCAGCAAGGUGACGUACUUUUCUGACGCACUCUUCUCCUGGAGGGUCAGUGAGGACUACAAAAACUCAUCCUCUCAUGUGCUCCUGUUUGAUGAAGGUGGUCUUGGCCUUCCAGCAAGAAAUUAUUACCUCAAUGAAUCAGAUAAAGACGUGGUUGAUGCCUAUGUGGAGUAUAUAACACGGAUUGGAGUACUAUUAGGGGGCCAGGAAAACACUUCACGACAGGCAGCCCAAGGCAUUGUUGAAUUUGAGCGUAAACUGGCCAAUAUCUCUACCCCAGAUGACCUGCGCAAGGAUGAUAAUGACCACUACAACCCCAUGAAAAUUGAUGACCUUUCUAAAUUGGCUCCAUUUAUGGACUGGAAAGAAUUUAUCAACUCUGCAUUUACGGAGGUGAACAUUCAUCUCCAUGGUGAUAGGAAAGUGGUUGUGUAUGCUCCAGAAUUUCUGAAGAAUCUCACAAUUAUUCUCAAUGAGACCAAGGAAUCAGAGGAAGGAAUCAUAGACCUCCACAACUACUUGGUAUGGCAGGUUGUCCAAAACCACGUUGAUUUCCUGUCUCAGGAAUUCCAAGAAGCUGCAAAAGUGAUGGAAAAGGCCUUGAUGGGAGUGGUGGGCACCGAUGAAGUGUGGCGGGAGUGUGUCAUGCAAACGAGCAAUGCUCUUGGAAAGCCAGUUGGGGCAAUGUUUGUGCGGGAAGCAUUUGGCAAGGAGUUGAAGAAAAUGGCUAAAGACAUGAUAAACAGAGUUCGAGUAUCAUUUGAAGAAAAUCUGAAAUCAGUGACAUGGAUGGAUAAAGAAACUCAGGACAAGGCCAUUGAGAAGGCUAUGGACAUAACGGAGAUGAUUGGCUAUCCAGAUUACAUCCUCAGAUCAAAAGAAUUGGACAAAGAAUUUCAAUCUCUGAAAAUAAUGGAAAAUACCUAUUUUCAAAAUAACAUAAAUAUAAGAAAAUUCACCAUGAACAAGGAAUUAGCUCGUAUCAACAAGCCAGUUAACAAGACACGAUGGGACAUGUCCCCUCCGACUGUCAAUGCCUAUUACUCCCCAUCCAGAAAUGAUAUUGUGUUCCCAGCUGGUAUUCUUCAAGCACCAUUUUUCCAUAGCAAAAAUCCAAAAGCACUUAACUAUGGGACAGUUGGUGUAGUUAUGGGCCAUGAGCUGGUCCAUGCUUUUGAUGACCAAGGGAGAAAAUAUGACAAGGAUGGAAACCUGCAUUCCUGGUGGCGAAAUGAAACUGCAGAAAAAUUCAAUGAGUUAUCCCACUGCUUUGAAGGCCAGUAUUCUUCCUACGAGUUUCUUGGGGAGCAUCUAAAUGGAAAACUUACACUAGGGGAAAACAUUGCUGAUAAUGGUGGGCUGAAGGCAAGCUACCAAGCAUACAAGAAGUGGCUGAAGGAACAUGGACCUGAGGAAAGUCUGCCUGGUAUUCAAUCCAAUGAUCAACUCUUCUUCCUUGGAUUUGCUCAGGUAUGGUGCUCAGCCAUCACCAAGGAAGCUGCUCACCUAGAGAUAUUGAAAGACUCUCAUGUACCAGGAGAGUUUCGGGUGUUUGGUUCACUGACCAACUCAGAGGAUUUUGGGAAAGCCUUCCAUUGUAAGAAGGGCUCAAAUAUGAACCCGAAGAAGAAGUGCCAAGUCUGGUGAAGCAUGCAGUUCACAUCCCUAGUAAUGUUUCCUAUGAAAGAUCCUCAAAGAAAUUGUCACGUUGUUAUCAUAGAUGAAAACUUUGCAAAUUUAAGAGGUAUUACUUUUGUAUUUUCAUGGCUUCUUGUUGCAAGUGAUGAUUUUUAGCUAAUUAGACUAAUCUAUAUCAACAAAAUUAUAGCAACAGUUGAUUAUAAUCCACCAGUACUUUCCCCUCUGUUCAGUGCAAUCAAUGUAAAUACCACAUUCAAAAUUGAAAGACACUUGUGAAACAGUUCCACAAUACAGCUGUCUGUUUCUCCACACAAGACAAUCCUUCCUGUACGAUAUCAAUACAGUACAAGAUGGCAGUCAUUCACCUGCCUUUUUCUUCACUAACAUUUUCAUUUUCAACAUACCUUACACCUCCAUUGGUUACUCAUCUUUAACUUCUUUAGCUCAUUAGAGAAUGCGAAAAACAUACUUGAAUGACUAUUGUCUUCUAUAAUCACAUAGGUAAUCCCUCAUAAAAUAUUACAUGAUAUCACAUGAAAAAUUGUUAGUAGAUGAUAACCACAUCAACCUCACGUCCAUGAGAAAAAUCACAUAGGUAAUCAAGGUUGUAGUGUAGCUGCUAAAGGAUGGCCAAGCCUGUGCUGGCACAGGCAGAUGUUUAGAGGAAUACCUUUUGGAGGCUCUUGCUACCUUGGCAACGUAUCCAUUCAAAGGUAAAAUAAAAAUCUGGAUGAAUUUGCAACAUGCUAUUGCUAAUUCAGACCAGCUAAUAAUAUGUGAAAAAGCCAGGCAAAAGUAGAAUGUGAACAUGAGAUCCAAUAUCCAUUCCUCACCACAGAUUACAAAUUGACAUUCAGAUAUGCCUAAUAAUUUGUAUAUAUGAAGCUUAAUUGUCACUGUGGUUUCAGUGCCACACUGGCCAAAUCUUUUUCAACACAGAAAAGCAUGAUCAUCAUUCCAAGUGUUCCAUGAUAGCUGUUCUCUAAGAGAACCUACUUCAUGUUAAAUGAUGGAUAAUUUUAUUCUAGUAGAAUGCCAAUCAUAAAAUUAAUCAGUUAUUCUCCCUUUACUAUUUCCAUCUUGGGGUUGAACAAUAAUGCCAGUCAUCAUAUCUCCCAUGGUGGGAAUGAAAUUAAAUAGUAAAGCUUUUUGAAAGCUGAAAUCAUACCAAGUGGCAUAUUGCUCCUAAGUGACUGAGCUUGGUCAUUAGACAUUAACAUAAGAGUGGAUGGCUGAGUGAACAGAGAUGCUAAAAGGCAAAGCAUUGGCUACUUAAGUCUUAGAUUUUCAAGAUUAUAAAGACUGAAAGUACAAAAAUGAAGAUAUUUCGGACUUCAAAUUUGUCCAUUAUUCAAAUACUUCAGAGUCAAUAACACUAUUCAUGUCACCAUCCAUGACUGGCAGUUGAUAAAGUGUUGUAUUAUUCCAUUACUGAAUGUCAUCUAUUGGAUCAAGAUGGAUAUUAGGACUGCCAUCAUAUUUUCUGAUGACAUAACCUUAGUCAGGUGCAAUUUUUUAUAUUUUUUUUAUCUUUGGGCAAUAGUGUAAUUUAUUUCCUUUGCAAAAAUUUUGUUUCAUAGUUAUGAAUUUAUAAAGAAUAAAGAAGUCAGUCUCUGGCAGGUGUAGAGUGGCAACAGCUGCAGCACUUGGUGCACUGCUGGCCAGGGAAAAGAGGCCAUUGAGAGAUGGAAGAGGGGGAGGCUAAAAUCAUAAAAACAACAACUGGAAACAGUAAAACUUCUGGGAGGUAAGGGAGGGAAGACCCCCUCUAUAGGGGGGCUACAAAUACAUAUCCCUGAAUUCUAGUGACAGGUAAUAGCAUGCUCUUCCCCAUGGGAGGGCUUCAGACUGACAGUUUAUUUAUUCUUUUAACUUUGAAACAAAAGGUUUGUGCAAUAAAUAAUAUAUAUCAUCCUAAAGAGGUUAAACUCUGCACCUGACCCAGAGUAUGCUGUUGAAAAGAAUGAUGGUGGUUCUAAUGUCAAUCUAGACUAUUUAUGGUUGUAAUUAUUAUUCUUUGUCAUUCAAUAACUGAUGAAUAAUACUACAAUUACACAAAGAAUUUAGAUAUCAAAAAUGUAUGUGCUAAGCAUUAUGUGCAAUACUUACUUUUGAAUAUUUUUCUCAAAUUAAAAAGUGGCUAAUCAGUAGCUAUAAAUAAAAUUAUCCUGCUUUAUGCAACUGAAGUUACUGAACAUUAGAAAAAAAUGUCAGAUGAGGCAAUCAUGCAUAUGUAUACAGUAUAAGUUAGAUGAUGACCACCAAGUCUUUCAAAAAGAGGGAAAAUGAACUUAAGCAAACCAAAGGUCCACAUCAUGCUACAUGAACUGAAGCUCAUACACAUUUUGAGCAAAAUGAAAUGUUGAUUUCCUUAUGUUCUUUACAAAACAUCUUGCAGCUAAGACCACAUGUACAUAAAAGGCCAUCAUAUAUGAUGGAUUUCAGAAAGGAAUAAUUCAGCUGCUUCUGUCAUAGUGAAAAAAUGGGUUCCAAUGUGCAUGUUCCACAUGCUGAUCAGGUGGUUUUAAGUAUGUACACUCUCCACAAAAAGUUUUUGAACACUGUAAGCACCAUGCAUUCUGAGAUACACGGAUGAAGAAUUUUGAGACACCUCUCCCUGUGUUAAACGGGUGGUAGCCCUGUGUACACAUGCUCUGUGUGAAAGAGUGAGAUGCCAAUGGCUCAGUAUCACAUGCGCACUGAUAAGUCUUGUCGCUUGAUCUUGAUAAUGUAUUGCUAAUGUGCUGUAGUGUAAAGUGAAUAUAUCGGUUAUGUUACCGUAUUUUAAUAGUUGGUUAUAUGUUGGAGAAGUUGGAAUAAGACUGUUCGAUGAGGGAAGGAAGUGGAUACUGAAUUCGAUACUGUUUGCUGAUGACAUGGUGCUCAUCGCAGAAAAUGAAAGUGACCUACAAAAUUUGGUCAGUGUUUUUGAUAGUGUCUGUAACAGGAGAAAGCUGAAAGUAAAUGUCAACAAAAGUAAAGUGAUGGUUUGUGAGCGAAGUAGAAGUGAGGUUGUAGAUUUUGUAUGCCCAUAUAGAGUGGGAAUUGAAUGUAAAAAAGAAUGCAAAAUAAUUUUGAAUGGUGAAGAAAUGGAGGAGGUCAAUGAGUUUAAGUACCUUAGAUCAGUUAUGUGGAAGAAUGGUGGUACAGAGGGAGAGACAAGAAUUACAUAGAAAAUAAGACCACACAGACCCCAUGGACAUUGCAUUGCAUGGGCAUUGCAAGGAAGAAGGGUGGUAGGGUCUUUGGGACGAAUCAUGAAUGGCAGAAGUGUGAGCAUGGAGGUAAAGAGGGAUUUGAGAAAUACAAUAAUAGUACUAACCCUCACAUAUGCAAGUGAAACGUGGGCCUGGAAUGAAAGUCAGAGGUCUAGAGUGCAGGCAGUGGAAAUGAGUUAUUUGAGGAGUGCUUGUGGUGUGAGUAGAAUGGAUGGAAUGAGUAAUGAAAGUGUGUACGAGCAUUUUGGAAUGUGUCACAGGGGUGAAUGGAAGAAGUGUGGAGUGGUGGAAAAAGUGAAGUGGCAGACUUUAAAGUGGUUUGGCCACAUGGAGCGAAUGGAGGAGAGUAAGAUGACCAGAAGGGUGUAUGUGAGUGAGAUAAAGGGAGGGAAUGCUAGAGGAUAACCUCCAGUGAAAUGGAGGGAUAGGGUGCAAGAGUAUGUUAGGGAGAGGAGGGAAAGAUCUUUGAGAAACUUUGAGUAGGCAAGGAGGGAGUGUCUGGAUAGAGAAAGAUGGAAGCUCUUCUGCUGUGGCCAUCCCCUGGUGGGAGCUCCUAGGAGCAGGCGUCGAUGAAAUGAUGAUGAUGAUGAUGACCAGUGCGUUUUAUCAUCUGUAGAAUGCCGGCAUUCUGGUAUUAAAUAAUCUAUCACUGGGUCACUGACAUUAGGUUGUUAUUGCGUUAAAGAAAUUAUAGAUAAUUUUUUUGAGGCUGUCGUAAGGAUAAAAAAAAUUUGUAACCCGUUCCGCUUCAGGAUGUUAUCAGUCAGUUUAAAUGCUGUGGCUGAUGUCAUUCCUAUUCAAAUGAGGGAAUGAUAAUUCCAGGUGGUAGUUUGAAUAUAAUUGCCGGUAAAAGUAUGUAAAAUUAAAAUAUCUGCCAAAAUCAAUACUUAAACCCCAUACUGCGACAUCUUGGUUAAGUGUAAGAUAUAUAAGGAUGGGAGGUAUUAAUUUAAUAAUAAGUGUAUGCACUGCCUGCGCCGAUUAUACUGUUAAGUCUGCUUCGAAGCCUCGAGGUGUGUCACUAGUGGAGCCUGUUUCCACAUAUCUGUUGUGCCAUAGUGAUAUGGUAGAGAUGGACACAUCAAUCAGCUGUGGUGUUUGGAGACAUUGAGGCCUUCAGUGUGAAGGAUAAUAAUGAUUUUGCGCCGGUCUUGUAGGGUCUCCACUGAAACUAACGUGCACAUGACUUACUGCGGCCAUCAAAUCAACACAGGAUCGAAACGUAUCAUAUACAGUAAUGGAUUCAAAUGCGUCAUCACAAUCAGGGGUACCAACCAUUCCGAGGCGAUUAGUCGCGAUUGAUUCAUUUUCACAUACAUCGUGUCCAGGUGUUUGAGAACUUUUUGUUGAGAGUGUACCUAUGCACACUUCUUGAUAUUUUUCCCUCUUUCCAAGAAUUUUGUUUCCCUAAAACUUGAUAUAUUAAAAAAACAAUAAAUGUUUGUGCUCAACUUUAUCUUGCAGAACCUCCAGGUUCCAGGAUCUUCUGAUCUUUGAACACAUGUUUUAACCUUUUGUUGAAGGCACAUAAGGCACAAUACAAAGCAGCAAAAAAACAGAAAAAAAAGAAAAUCAAUAAUAAACAAUACCAAGGCAUUGUUGAAGCAAAUACUCAAGUACUAGCACCAAGCUAAAGUUUUUAAAUUAUUUAGUACAUAUGUUUAAUAUGUAUAACUGUUGCAGCUUUAAACUAACUAAUGAUGUUUCAUGUGCAUAUUACUAGUUUGGAGUUAGCAAUUAUAAUAGUUAAUGAUGCUGAGUCUCUUCCUCUUCUCUAUUCCACAUUUUCAUUACACAAAUUUAUAGUAAAAAUAUUUUGCAAGCAUGAAAACAUUAUCACCUAUGACAACAAAUAUAUUUCUAUGAAAGAUAAAUGGAGGUGUGGGUAGAAAUAUAAUUUUCCCUUUUUUUUUUCUAAAAUGUUAUGAAGUCAAGCAAUUGGGCCAGACACUUGGCCAUUAGCAUGAAAAGAAAGACAGAUGUACUAUGAGUGCUUGUUCAUUCCAACAUAUCACUUUAGGUUUUUGUAUUAGAUGUAGUAUACAAACUGAAGCCAGCUUAAACUUAGACUGUGAAAUGUUUGCAGAAAAACCUAAUUAGAUAUGGCAUUGAGGAAGGUGGAGAAAGAGGCAUAGAAGGGAACUGUUUCAUGUAAUAAGGUAAUGAGAGCCAUACAAGGACAAACUACUCAGAACAGAUAAAGAAGUGAAGAUAUUAGCGUGUACUAGAGGUAGGCAAAAAUAAGUGAGGUUUAAUUGCACCUUGUGCAGUGAACUUAUAGCAUGGAAUUAUUACCAACUAACAUGGACAAGGUCACUGUUUCCAAUCUGAGCACAUAAAGUUACUGGUUUAAAACAAACAGAACUGUGGGCCACUGACCUUCAUUACAUUUUCUGGCAUAUCAUUAAACAGUUUCUACUUUGAAAAAAAAAUGCACCUAAAAAAGCACUACUGCAUAAGUGUUCAUAUGUAUUUAUUUCUGGACUGGCAGGCCUCCUAGCUUCAGUCACUAGUAAAAUUGUUAACGCUUGGUCUUCUCUGUGCCUGUUACCUCAACCUGGAUUCACAAUGCAAGUCUGUAAUAUCAUAAUUUACCAAAUUGACUGAAUUAUAUUUUGUGACUAAAUAAGUCAGUCCAUCCUCUUACUUUGAGAUAGUAUGGGUGGCAUAUUGUCCUGCAAAGUAUGAAGCAUUGAAAACCAAGUAUUGAAGGGUAUAUUAGGUGGAUACCUCACCUGACUUGCAAUUUUUUUUCACAAAUUUCCCUUUCGUUUGACAGUUAUAUUUUACACACAGGUAUGUGUGUAUAUUGCCUGUUAUUCUAGCAGAAAAUACGAUAAAAAGUCAAACAGUGUAUUUUCUGUAGUGAUCCGCCCGAUGCAAAAAGUCCAUAAAAACCUGCUUGGCUAUGGAGACAGCUCUUUAGUUGAUGGUAGAGCAUUGGCUUCCCAUCUGGCUUGAUGCAUGUUCAAUUCCUGAGGUUAGAAAUACAGUCAUACCUCAGUUUACAAGCUUAGUGCUGAAAACAAAAAAUUCACACACUAGAGCACAAAUGUAAGCGGACACGAGAGCACGGGUGAUACCUCUAUGACUGUACAAUGAGUACUGAGACCCCAUUCCCAUUAUUUUCCACUCUGAGUGCUCGUCUUGCAGCGAACAAAGGGAACCCAUGCUUGCAUCUUCAACUUGUACAAACAGGAUGCUUGUACACCAGGCCACCGCUCGUAAACCAAGGCAUUUAGUGAUUUUUUUUUUUUUCUCAAAAAUAACAACACUCAUAAAGUAAGGCAUUCAUAAACUGAGGUAUUACUGUAACUAUUUUCCCCUUUCUGUGCCAGAUCAGUUCCUCAUCUGUUUUGUGACAUGUGUUUAAUGAUCAGAAUUGGCUCCCAUUACAUUACCAUUUGGGAACCUCAGAAUAAUCAGCUUACCAAAAAUCACUGAUUAGCUUUGAGUACUGAAAAAAUCUAAUGAGACAAAAAUAUGAUGAAACAAUUGAUGUCGUAUAUUGUGUUAGACUAUUAUUAGCCAUGGAAUCAGUCUCAUCCAAGCAUGCACUGGAAACAGCUGAUAUUGACAUGUAACGAGGCAAAGCACCAUGACAAGGAUGAGAGUGGUGGGCCACAUAUAGGUGAGACUUACUAAAAGCUUGACUCAUUAGGCCCAAGUAUCCUAUUUUUAUCCAUCCAUACAACACCAGACUGCUCAUGGUCAGCACAGUGAUCAGCUUUUGUUUAAGUGGCAAAAUCAACUAUUUCUGGUAUGUGAACAGAUGAGGCAACUAGCAGCUGCAGCCAAACUUGAAUGCCUGAAUGGCAUAUCAGUGGGUUAGGCUUCUCACCCUCUGCUAUUCAUGCCUUUGCCUCACACGUGUAGUGCAUAUCUUUGUAUGGUAAUGGCAUAUUUUCUAAAGAAAAUUAGUGGUUUCAGCAUUUUUAAAAUAUAUAUUAUGUUUUUUUUUUCUGUGGGGUUUGCACACAAUGAAUUUGCAAAAUAAAAGGAUGGGUUGCACUGGAACAUAAAAUAAACAGACGAAGAGGUAUGGCCACAUCAUGCCAAUCACAGUCUAGUUUUAACUAUACUAUUAUGUUUGAAUGGGAAGUAUGUUUACUGCUAAAUCCUUCUUUUGAUCCAGAUAUAUAUACGACUGUUGACUUUGCUGGGCUGCCUUUUUCUUAUCAUUUUAUUCAGCAGCAAACAACAGUUUACUGAUGUCUUUUGUAGAGGCCUAGGAGAUGAUAUAAGGUUAUUUUCACUUCAACUAGUCAAUAGUUAAUUACUGUACAGAUAUUCUUUCAUUUUAAAGGAGUAUUUUACAUUAUCAUCAUCAUUUCUUAAAACACUCCAUACUUUACUUUAAGUACUCUAUAGGUUCUAAUUUUGUGAACAUAAGGUACAUUAAUGAGUGCUAUUGUAUGAGAGGAGGCAAACUAUGUCUUAUUAGCCACCAUAUUUGCAAGCCCAUUGUCAAUGCGUAUUUACUAUUAUUUUGAUGAAAAUGGCCAUGAAAAAUGCAAUUGGAAUAAGUUAGGAGAAUAUCAUUGUAUCCACUGUAUGUCUCUGACUGAAACUUGCUCCUCGAAACUGACUCUUUACAAGGAUGAAAUAGCAAAUUUUCAUAUCUAGUAUGUAUACACAUGAGCCCUGGCUGUCUGUAGUAAUUUUAGUUUCCUUGUACUACUUAUUCAGAUUCUGAAGUGAAUUUUCCCUUGCAUUCUAGUUGAACACACUAUGUUCUCCUGAAUAUGUUCCUCCACUAAUAUUUUGUCCCCAUUCUAUUUUGUGUAGCAUAUACUCAUCUUGCAUAGGUGACCUUAACUGCAUGAAAUAUUUAAAGCAAUUCACAUAUAUUUUUCACUCAUCAGUCACCCUAAAGUCUUUCUAUUCAUAAUCACUAAUUUAUUUACUUUGCACUACACUCUUCAGCAUAUUUGUAAAGGUAAUUAUUGAGUGGUAUGUACUUCAAUUGCUAUUUUUCUCAUUUAACCUUGUCAUGCUGCACUCCUGUAUCAACAUCUUGUUUGGUUUCUAAGACUUAACUAUUCAUAUUUCAAAUUAAUACCAAUGGCAUAAUCCAUCGUCAUUAUCAUUACACAUAUCAUAAGUUAUGCUUAUAACCAAUGGCAACAACACUCAUUUGUUUCACACAUACCCCCCCACAUUCUGACAAAGCAACAUCAUAAUUAAAUGUUCAGACUUACAGAAACUACAUAUUUCAUGUGAAAGUGUAUCACGAAAAAUUUCAGUAAGCUCUCAACUUUAUAGUACAGUAAACCCUCAGUUAUCCGGGUGCACUGUCUCCAACCUCGCCUGUAUCCGGGAGUUUUCAAAUAUGUGAAUUUUUUUCCAAAAAAUUUAAAAAAUUGUCUUUUUCCAAAAAAUUUGUCGCGAGCCGCCAAAAAUCGUAGGCUAACCCGUAACAUAUUUUUCUAUUUUACGGCUAUAACAUAUCGUCCCUACACUCGUUUCAUAUAUAUAUAUAUAUAUAUAUAUAUAUAUAUAUAUAUAUAUAUAUAUAUAUAUAUAUAUAUAUAUAUAUAUAUAUGUAUGCGCGGGCGUGUAAGGCUGUCGUGGGCUUAUGGGCGUGAUCUUAAGUAGCUUCGUUUGUGCUGUUAUAUUAAAUUCCGUUGGCGAAAGUUGGGUUUUCGGGUCCGUAGACUUAACCUGCACCAUAUCCGGGUGCCCCCGUGGCUCUAUUAACCCGGAUACCAGAGGGUUUACUGUAUACCUGAAUCUUGCUUAGCUUUCAUCCUUCAACAACAACAACAUUCAUAAAACUAUCUUCUUGACAAAGUUAUUUUCAUGAAAAGGUUAGAAUGUUGACUAAACAAACAAACCACAAAGAAAUGAAUCCAUAUUGCCUUUUUUUCUAUUCCUGAUAAUUCCUUUGCCUUCAUUCAAAACUGUUAGGGCUCUUGAAUAAUUGUGAUCCUUGUGACUGUGACAUUCCUCGAGAGUAGCUCAUCAACAGCUUUCUGGUCACUGGUCAGUUUAAGCCAGGCUUUUCUUUACUGUAUUGAUCAAUAUCUUAACAAUAUCACUUACUAAAGCACAUCUCAUCUUCCUAUACAAUAUGUAUUGUGUGUGUGUGUGUGUGUGUGUGUGUGUGUGUGUGUGCAUAUUUACCUAGUUGUGAUAUAUAAGAAAUGAGCCAAACUCAUAGGGUCCUGUCUCUGUAUCCCGAUUGGUCAAACUUAGCUUUAUUUAAAGUUUUGGACUGGAUGAUUCAGUGUAUCUGUAUGAAAUACUGUAUGUAUUUUUUUCAUAUUCUUCAAGCACCUUUUCUUCAGUUACUUUUCCAUGUCCACUUAUUGCUUCCCCAUCCAAUACAAACAGAUCUCUAUCAAUUUUGUCUAAUGUACUUCUAUCAUUGCCCUGAACGCUGCAAUCAUGUCUCAUUUUUCUCUUUUUUCAUCCAAGAAUGGCGGCCCCAAUUUUCCCAGUCUUUCUAAGUACAAUAAAUAUGUCGGUCUGGGGACUACCUUAGUUGCUGUUCUUUGUAUUCUCUCAAUCUUCUUUAGAUCUUUUGUUUAGUGUAGGGAGUUUCCUGAAUCAACACUUUCAGGUCCAUUUCCCCUUUUAUUUUUUUUAUUUGUUCAUUUACCAUUGAAUAAGUCAGUGAUGGCUUAGUAAUUUUAUGAAUUUCCACACCUGGCUCGAUUCAUUCAUACUACCUAGAUUUUCCUGCAUCCUUCAAUCUUUUUUCUUUUACUUUCAUCAAGAUCUUAGCAUCAUAUGUGUGUGUGUGCAUAUAUAUAUAUAUAUAUAUAUAUAUAUAUAUAUAUAUAUAUAUAUAUAUAUAUAUAUAUAUUAUAUAUAUAUAUAUAUAUAUAUAUAUAUAUAUAUAUAUAUAUAUGAUAGCAAGUGAAUGACCUUGAAAACUGGAGAAAAUACCAUAUACUGUAAUGUGCUGUGACCGUCUUUGUAAUACCAAAGAAAAAUAUUUUUUAUCAGAAAAUCAAUGAUUUAAUCUAGAAUAAUUUAUUUCAUUAGCAUCUUUAAACUGCAAUAUUUGUUCUGUUGCUCUAGUCAUUUCAGUAGUGAGAGUUCAGAUGUUAGAAAAAUGAAUAUACUAUUUUUGAACUUCAUGGUUAAUAGGAUGUUACAUAAACAAUGCUUCUAAAUGGCAGUGUACAUUGUGUAAAUUAUUGUAGUCAGACAUCAACACAGACAAGAGUAGGGUCUGGCAUGAGGAAUCAAGCCAAUAAGUACUGUGACUACAUGUUUUAAUCAUGGGGUACAUCUCACAAGAUGACAGAUGCUGAGGCAUUUCAAAGAAUACUUUUCAUGUAUGAACAUAUCUAAAAUAAUCCUCAGUGUUGCAUGUGCUGACUUCUGUUUUUGUUUGAAGCUUAUUCAAGCUCUUGGUAGCACUGCAACUUGAUACAGAAAAUUUAUAACAGUGGCUUAAUUGUGAACGACACCAAUACCAUUUUUAAUAUGUCAUAGGGUGCUGUAGAAUAGUUUGUGUAUGCUAGUUUACCAAUAUGAGCAACUGUCUCAAAGAUUUUCUAGACAAACUGUACUGAUGUCUGGCUAUAGCUUGACAGAAUGAUGUAUAUAUUUUUGUAUAUGAUAAAUGUUAAAAUUGGACACUUUUAAGAACAUGAUCCCUUUUAUGUCCUUAUUCCAGAACUUAGUCAUUAAGAGAAUUUGAAAUUUCUGAAUUAAAUUUCUAGGUAAAACUUUUUUUUCUAUACAUGUCCAAAGUAACUGGGCAUAGCUUAGAAGGACCAGAACAUAUGAAAUUAAUUCAAAGAUCUCUUAUGUAUUUUUUGUCCAUUGAUUAAGUAGUAUGUUGCCAAUCACUUGAUAUUGAUGAAUAAUAAGUUUUAUGAAUGGUGUUGAAAUGAAAGAAUGUUAGUUGUUUGUGUGUAGGUGGAAAGUCUCGUGUGUGGGUACUGGCCAAUUUUAGGUCUCCCAAGAUUUUUUGGUUGUUUACUGGACUGUGCUGUCCACUAUGGUAUUUACCCAAUUUAAGUUGGGUCCAUUAUGUUAGCCAUGGAGACACUAUCCAGUCUAACUAUCCAUUCAUUUCUCCAGGAUUGAACAGCAAGGUACUUUUGGUAACAUUUGGGGAAGGAAAUUAUAAAAACUGAAUAAUGUAGUGACAAGCAUCAAAGUAUGUACUUUGGUUAGUAAGUGGUUCAGGGAUAUGAGAUGCUGAUAAACACCACACAUUAAAUCCACAUUUUUCUAUCAAUGAUAAGGACAUUUUUGGUGUAGCCUUUACAAUCUUGCUAUAGAGUGGUGUUGCUGUUAUGUAAGGGACAGCUAGUGUAAUGAAGUACUGUGGCAUAUUAACCUACUGGGGGCGAUACCAUCUCAGUUCAGAUCAUACAAAAAUAAUCCAUUGACAAUGACUUGGGUGUUCGUCUGCUCUUUCAAGAAUUGCUGAUAAAUGAAAAAUUGGGGUAUAUAAUUGUGGCCACCCAUAUGGUGCAGUAGCUUUUGUAUAACUAGUACAAAUAUAAGAGGCUAAAAAGGUCACCAGUCUUUGUAUUCAGGGAAAAUGAACAAAGGUCAUGAAUGAUAUUAUUGUAUGUAUAUCAAACAUCAAAUGGAAAUGGGUAAAUGACUGCUACACAUGCGCAAGCCAAGAAAGUCAUAAUAUCCACUAAAGCUAUGCUCCUUAUGUUAUAUGGCCACUGCUAUAUGCCUUAACAUAAAGCUAAAAGAACACUUAAAUUAUGCAAUGGUAAAAAAUACAGUAAGAGAUUUGUUUUAUAUCUUACUGUUCUAAUAGAAUAAGAUAAAUUAGUAAUUCGGUUUCGAUUAUAAAUAAGACUUUUAAUGUUCAUACACUAUUGCGCUUACAUUGAACUGAGCUGCUAUUACUACAUAAAAAAAAAAAGCAAAAAUCUGAAAGGUCUUACCUUAUAAAUCACACUUUGAAUCUGAGGAGUGCAGUAUUCAUUAAUCAUUUUAUGUAAAACAUUGUGUUCUAGACUAUAAUAAGUUAUUAUGAAAAUAAAGACAGCUGUGCUAAAGGUCUGUUAAAAUAAACUUUGCAAAAACAAAAUUAUCUUUUACACAUACGCAUAAAAUGUUCUACUCUUACAAAACCCACGAAAAAUCUACUAGGCCUACGUGUAAUAUAAUUUUUCUUGUCAGUGGGCAAUAAUCUUUCAAAUGAGUACUCAGUACUUUUAUUCCAUAUGUAAGCAUUACAUGAACUGCCACAAAACUGCUUGUUAGUACGGACAGUCCCUGCCAAAAGUCUUGAUGCUCUUUUUUGCCACAAAAACAUACUACAUAUACCGUACUUUUUUACCAUUAUAAUCACAUAACAAACCAAAGCAGUAAUUACUGCACAGAUGUGUGGCAAUGCCCUAGAAAGUGAGUAUGUUCUUGAUGCUCCAGCCUAACUACAAUUAUAGUUAUCUCCCUACUUUAUAUUAAUGACUUGAUAUUUAACUUUGCCUCAUUAUGAGUAAAUCAAAAUUAAGCAUUCAUAGAUACCAAAACUUUCAGAAGAGACUGCAAACUAACCUACCUGUGUGAAAAUUAUACAAAUAUAUUAAGAUCUGUAUCUGUAACAUUUAGUUUAUGGAUAUGAGUGAUUUUCCUGAUUUUUGUGUUGUUUUCUAACUUCAUAUCAGUACUAAUUAGAACUUAAAAUGAAGCUAAGGGAUGGUGGUUUUCUUUCCACAGCAAGCAUGACUUACUCCCAUGUAUACACUUUCAUUAAAAUGGUGUUAAGAGCACUGGUUGUAUUUUAUCAUAAUGGCUGGUAUAGCAACUUGAAUGAUUAGCAGCUGAUGGUGUAAACGUUUUAAAACAUGUAGAAGAAUGUGUGCCAACUGGUGAAUUGCAGGUGAAAGUGGCAACAUAUGAGAGGCUGUUAAAAUAUAUAAUCUUUAUUUAU